CAUAGUUGGGGUAAGCCAAAGUGAGAAGAAAUUAUUGGAAAGGACAUUCACAAGGUUUAAAAGGAGAGGUUUGGGGAAGAGACUAAGAAAAUUGGGCUGACCAGCAUAAAGUUGAUAAGAUAACCAUAUAAAGAGCUAAAAGAAAAGUGUUUGGAGCUGUAGUGAGGGAAAAGACAAGGAAGAAGAGUGAUAUACAUUGGGACAUACUUUACCUUAAUAUAUAUAAGAAAACAUAUGGAAACAAGAGAAUCAAAGAGAAGAAAAGAAAGAGAGGAACAGCAAAUAAGAACAGAAAAAAUGGCAAAAAUAAGUAAAGGGUCAACACAAUCUCAACUGCUGCUUACGACACAAAGAAGAGGAUCUAUGGAAGAUUCCAUUAAGAUAAUUGACCCAAACAUUCGAAUACUAGAUGAAAUAAGGAAACUACAACAAGAAAUGAAGGAAGCAAGGAUGGAAACUAAAGAGGACAUUAGGACUGCAUGUGCUGAACUAAGAGAGGAAAUAAAGGACACUCGAGCGGAAAUCAGAAAAGACGUUAAAAAAGAACUAGAAAUCAUAGGGAAAAAAAUGGACAAGUUAACAACUGAUCUUAAUAAAACACAGAAAGAAGUUGAACAAAUAAAAGAAAGAACUAAUAUACUAGAAAAGUCCUCCAAAGAAUUAAACAAACAACAAGAAGAACAAAAACGCAUGGAAUGGAAUAAUGAAUUAAGAUACCGGGAAAAAUGUAUUAAAUUAAGAGGACUAACAGAAAAAAGUAAAGAAGAUUUGUACGAGAGACUUAUUCCGGCUUUGGCAAGAUACGUUGACAUAACUCCGGAGGAAAUGGAAAUGGAAAUAGACAAAAUGUUUCGGAUAAAUUCUCCUCAAAAUAAAGACAGGAACGUUUCAAGGGAUGUUGCGAUAUGUUUUGCUAGAACUAAAGUAAGAGAUAGAUUUAUUCAACAAAGCUAUGAAAAUAAGCUUUGGAUAGAAGAUAUGGAGAUAAAGAUCUUUAAAGACAUACCACCACAAAUCAUGAUGAGCAGACAGAAAUAUAAACCCUUGACACGUCUUUUGAAAAAUAUUAAUAUUGAUUUCAGAUGGGAUAGAAUUGAAGGACUAUCUUUUUUUUACCAGCAAAGAAGAUACAAAAUAGAUACGAUAGAUAAAGCCAAUGAAAUAGAGAUGAAGUUAAGAAAAGAAUACAAAGAAAAUGGAGGAAAAAGAGAUUACCCAACAAAGGAAUGGAGAGCUAGUAAAAAUAAUGGUACAAACAAGGAAAAGACAGUUAAAGAAUUAGAAAGAUUUGAUCCAUUGGAAAGAACAGAAACAGAAACAGAUCUUCUCAACUGGAACUAAGAAUAAAAAACUGAAAGUUUUCGAUUUUUUUUCUUCUUUCUUUCUUUCUCUCCUUACACUUAAUUAUAAGUUAUAUAGAAAUUUACACAAAAAAUAAAUAAAUAAAAAAGAAAACUUCUUUUUCACAAAAGGGGUGGAAGGGGUGGAACAACAAAAACAACAACAAUAAAAAACAACAAAAACAUUUUAUUAAACAAUAAGCAAAUAAUCAAGCAAAAUGUCAACUAAAAUAUUAUCUUGGAACGUAAAAGGAAUAAACUCCAAAUAUAAAAGGAAUAUAAUCUUUCACCAACUAGAAAAAACAAAAAGUGACAUUAUAUGCAUUCAAGAAACCAAAAUCAAAAAGGAAGAAGUAAAAUAUUUAAGAAACCCAAAAUUAGGCGCAUGCUAUGCAUCAACAGCAAAUAAGAAGAAAAAAGGAGUAGCGCUAUAUGUUAAUAAGAAAUACGAAUCUAAAGAAAUAUUUUGUGACACUAAUGGAACCUAUAUAGCAGUAGAAAUAAGACUGAGGAAUCUUAUAUUUUUAGCAAUAGGAAUCUAUGCACCACAUGAGAACAAAGAGAUCUAUUUCACCAAUUUAUAUAAGAAGAUCCAGGAACUUAAAUAUGAUAACAUCCUGCUAUUGGGAGAUUUUAACGCGGUUAUAAAUCCUAAAAUUGAUAGAAAAGCUAAUACAGGAAGAAAUAUAAAAAAAACGCAAGGGAAACUGCCAAAGAUCUUCUUUCAAAUGAUGGAUGAGGUAGGUUUAGUUGAUGUGUGGAGGCAUAAAUAUGGCCAAGCAAGAGAAUAUACUUUCUUUUCGGAAGUGCACAAUGCUUUCUCAAGGAUAGACCUAUUUUUAGCAACCAAAAAUUUACUCCCGCUGAUACAAUCAAUGGAAAUUCUUACAAAGCCCAUCUCUGAUCACAAUCCCAUAGAAAUAAAAAUUCAAGAACGAAAAAUAGAUUUUUCUUGGAGAUUGAACACUGAU